GGCUGAAUUAUUAGAAUACAAUAGAGGGGGCAUUGCUUUAUUUGGUCGGUCGCUGGCAACAACCUUAAACUUGCCUUGUCACAAACCACCUGAUGUUUUGCAGUGUGACGUAUUGAUCAUCACACAAAAGUGCCUACCUUUUGUUAUAUCUUUCUCAUCUGAAACAGUUGAUGCUAUUGACAAAUAUAAUGCUGAAUUGAGGGUGAUUUUUGGAAAAUACACAGCAGAAAGGUUCACUUUCAUCUUUUUGGCCACUGACGAGAAAAUAUAUGGGAAAAAGAUCAAAUUUCACUCCACUGUCCAUAAAAGAAGGUCUACGGUAAUUGUAUCCUGCUUUCCUGAUCAAAAACACAUGACCGAUUCCAAAUUUGAAGGGCUGAGGAAUGCUUUAACAGCUACAGCUGCAAGAACAAGUAUUCCUAUGGCACCUAAAGAAGGGGGAAAGGGAUCGUUUUGGGUUUUGAUGAAAGAACAGUUUUCAAAGUUACUUAACAAUGUUGAUCUACGCCAACCAUUAGAUGUAUCUAAAACACUUCAUGGGAAAACAGUGUUCAUGUUUGAAGCUGCCCUACGACUAGAACGCAGUGGUAAAACACUGCUCAUCUGUGACAGCGUGGAGGAAAAGACCAAACGAAAUCAUGCCCCAGCUGAAGUGACCAUCGAGACAAUUGACUCCUUCCGUCAGUCUGGUCAGGACUGGUCACAGUUCAAGUACAUCGUUGUAGCUGCCACACGUCACCAGUUCAAGGACAUUCAGGACACGUUGAAGGCACUUAGGACUCCAAUAUGGAGGAUCUACGAACGUGACGAAGUUGAAAUCCCCACAGAAACUGUGAGUGUUGGGCUCAUAGGCUAUCCAAAGACAGGGAAAAGUCUUCUCGCGAAUGCAAUUGCAGGUAAGAAACUGUUCGAUGCUGGAUUACAGAAACCCAGAGCGGUAUGUCAGGAGAAACGCGCAAGAAUUGGUAACAGGGCAAUUCAAAUAUUGGACACACCUGGAUUUUCGUUCAAACAGAACAUUAAGAGAACAGUCGAUGUGGUGGUGACAAAGGCAAGUUCCAUUGAUGCCUUCUUGCUUGUCGUGAAAGCAUCUCCAAUGACAUAUAACGAAGAACUGCUCCUCAAACAUGUCAGAUCUAUUGCGGGGAAGUUCAUGUCACAUAAAAUAGUGCUCGUGCUUACAACAUUAGAUGACAACCUCACUUUGAAGGAAUACCUAGAGAACAUUCCUAAUUUCCUGAAAGACUUCCUCCAGUUCUGCAACAACCCACCUGUGCUUUUCAAUGUCAACAUUGGGACACAGUCCGAGAAGGCAAAUGAUCAAAGACGAGAAUUGUUUAGGAUUAUAGGAGAAACAUACAUGGGAAACCUGUGCAAGAGAAUAAACUAA